AUGCCUCCGCCGAGCAACACGGCAACGGGCUCGCGGUUGAGCACAAAGAGCAGCACAAAGUCUCUCAAAGCGCAACCUGCGCGAGGUUCUAGCUCUUCCUCGUCCUCUUCCUCUGCCAUUCGCACCUACAGGCCGGGGCAGGACGACAGCCUUGAGAAACGUGAUGGUGAUCAGACACAACGCUUUCCCGGCUUGGCCCCCACCACAUCAGGCCCGUCGAUUGUAGAGGUUUCGUCACGCGAUCAAGAAGGCAAGAUCGUUUUCGACAACCUCUACCUCAAUCACGCUCCUGGUCUUCAGCCUGUCCAUCUACGCAACCACCUUUCGUCGGGCAGGUCGGUCUUGGUACGGCUCGAGAGCGACCUCGGCCACGCCGUCUCUUUCAUGAGGCGAAAGAGGACCGGUGCAAAGAAUGAGCUCGAUCAACUCAUCUGGCCAUCGAAUACCCUCGCCUGGGCUCAAGGCGCCGGGCUCUCUCCGGCCAAGUUGCGCGAACUGCGAGCCAUCUCGACCAAUCUCGAGGUGGCAGACUCCCUCAUCCUAGAGAGCGGCGCAUCAACAGAGAUCUUUGUCAUCUUCCGAGCGAACAUGCUUCCCCCAAUCCACGAUAGAGAGGCAACGUCGCUCGUCAAGUCUCCCAAGCUAAUGGCAACCGAAGUCCUCAAUAUCGGUGGCAGCGAGGUCGAUGAUGCAGAGUCGACUUCAAUGAGCUCGAAUGGCAACGAUACUGCGCUGCAUCGAUUCAAGACUCGCGAGGCUCGUGGUAUGGUGACGAUCAGAGCUUGGCCUAUGGCCACGGAUGAGAGUGGCAACUCCUCCAUGCCUUCAUUCGAUGCCGGUUCCAGCAGCUCUUCUGCCACUUCGUCCUCGCGUCCUGAGUCGAUGUACGGGUCAAGCCUCAGCUCCUCGGCAGCUACGGCUCUCACGGAAAUGUCAGACGUGUCGGCGCAAGUCGUCAAGCUACCCCUUACGGCACGCUUCUGCCGCCCUCAGUUGGCGGUCAAUGUUCGCCAUCCAUUCGCCGGUGACACUUCGGAGUCGGCUAAAAACAUGGUUAUCCAUCGACAUGGCCACGUCAGCGUCGACUUUGGCGAUGUCGUCGCUGGCAACACAGUCUCGACGGAGCUCCGCCUGAUCAAUCAGUCGGACAUCGACUGCUUCUGGCAGACUCGCAUCGACUGCGGCGACGAUCCGGAGGUCGAGCCGUGCAUCGCCAUCUCCUCGGCGUCGGGUCCGCUCCAAGCUGUCAUCUCGUCCGCCGACGGUGCUGCGCAAUACCAGCCUCAUGUCCUGCAGCCUCGAGGCACUACGAAGCUCACUUUGACACUCAAACUCGACUCAGAGGACUCGGCGGCCGAGCUGGAGGAAGCCGUCUCCUUCACCAACUUGCACAACACUUCCAAUUCAGUGCGCAUCUUCGUCAGAGCCAAUAUCGUGCCUGCCAAUCGCGAAUCGCCACUCGUCAUCGAGUCAGGUGAAGGCCUCGACUUUGGCGACUGCUGCGGCGGGCACUGGACCAGGCAGCUCCUCGUGGUUCGCAACGCCGGGGAGCAUGCCCUUGACAUCGCACUCAACGCGCAAAAGGGCUUCGAGGUGGCGUUCGAACUGGCCAAGAUUGCAGCAGAAGAUCUUGAUCCCCAAGAUAGCGAGCGCAUGUCGGCUGGCACGUCGGCGGCUUCGAGCGACUCUGCGGCAAAGUCGGCAGAGCCUUCGACGCCUGUCGAAGACGGAGGCCUUAGCGACAGCCACCACUCGAUUGCAAUGGAGAUGAUCAGGACGCCGACUCAUCACGCCUCGGCCGGUCCACGUGCAGAGCCUCCCGUCUUUGACUUGGGCGGCGAUACGGCAGACACCGCCACCCCGGCUACGCCAGCCUCUGACCUCGAGAGAACACCAGUCGUCCUCACACCCUACGCGCAUCCCCCCGCGCCCAAGCACGAGCCAGACGAGGUGGAUGACUUUGACAACUCGUCCGUCGCAUCUCAAGCUGGAUCUCGGCCUGGCUCGCCCGUGCAGACAUCUAACAUCUCCGAGAUUGACACAGACGCACAGAGCUCGAUCACGCCAUCGUCUGAGGCGCGCAAGGUGGGGACCAAGAAUCGCAGCGUCCUGGCUUGGCGCGAAGCCAGCGAGCAGAGCAAUGAAGGCGACCCCGGCGUGCCGCCACAUGGGCCAUCCUCAGCACCUGCUACUCGUGAGGGCGGAGGGUCGGCGGCGUCGAGCGUCAGUGGGGAUGGUGGCAGCAGUCAAGGCGGCAACAGCAGCAACAGCAAUGUCAGGCGACCCGAAGAAGACGGCGUCUCAGUCAUCUCUGAGCCAUUCACAGCGCAGUCGGACAGUCGAUCCAUUGCUGCUCAAUCCUCGCGAGCAAGCAGCUCAGCGCCGUACCGAGGUGGUAGCCAAGGCAGCACUGCCGGAGUGUCGUCAAGUGGUCCUCUUCGCAAUGUCGACUCGAAGCAGACAAAGGAGAUUGAGAGUCUGCUCCUCCGGCCGGGCGAGGAGUCGCGCAUCGUCGUUUCGUUCCGUCCUGCCCGUGGCGAUGUGGACGAGGGCUACACUGCCGGUCGCCUGAUGGACAACAUCUUCCGAAUCACUCUCGACUAUGUCAAGGCGCGAACCGCAGUCAGUGGCUCGAGCGCGGGUGGCGGGUCCCGUUUGCGAGGUGGACGAGAGCGCAAGACCGUCCUGUGUCGCACGCGAACAUGCACCUCCUUCAUUACCGUCUCGCCCAAGGAGCUUGACUUUGGCGAGGUAAACGUAGGAUCACGCAAGUCAAGCCAGAUCGCGGUGACGAACCACUCGGACUUGACAGCACGGGUCGACCUGCGCUUCGUUUCCAAGGUCCUCAGCAUGUAUCGCGACGAGAUGGCUGUGCCAUCGGGGCAGACGAUCCACCUCACCGUCGACUAUUCGCCUCGCAGAGUCAACGUUGCCUAUUCAAAGCAGAUCACCGUCGCCAACCUUCUCAACCGCCGCAAUGACCAGGUCAUCGAUGUGCGUGGACGCAACGUCGAUAAGCAGAGAAUCAGCUUUCAUUCCCUCUUCUACCGCAUCCUCACUCCCCAUGGCUCCAACUUUCUGGAGUUCGGCGACGUCAAUAUCAAUUCGUCGAGGGUCCGGACGUUUUCGAUUGAAAACACGUCCAAGGCGCCGCUCGUGCUCGACAUUACCGCUGCCCACCCCGAAGACCUCGCACUGUACAUCAAGGAGGCGUGGAAGGACCAAGCUCCGACCGCUGCCAACUCAAUAGGCGGCGGGGAGGCAUUGGCUCGGAACCUCAAAGGCUACGAGGAGACGGAACCCAGCACCAUUGCGCAGCUCAACGUCGCCUCGUCGGGCAAGGAUGGUAAGCAGUCUAGCCAAGCAAAGGGUGCUGAGCUCAAGGAGCGCUUCUUGGAGUCGAUGUCCGAUGCUCCGGCCAACGUGCGACAGGAGAAUGUCUCGUGGCGUACAGCGCAAAAGCUCAGUCAUUUCCGCCGGGACGCCGCUCCGACUUCGGCAGUCGGUGCUGCAAAGGAAAGUGAUGCGGCUGGAGCGCAGAAGGCCGCCAAGCAGCCCGUCAAUCUGAUUUCUGCGCUCAAGAAGGGCGGAAAGGGGAGGACGACGAUGAGCUAUGGUCGGUCGGUCACGUUCAAGGAUCGCACGCUGGUUCAGGAGUUUGAGCAUCUCGACUUGGCCACUGGCCCACCUCUAGUCGCCAAGCGCAUCUCGGUCAAGAGCAAGUGCUUCCAGUCGCUCGAGCAGAUUGAGACGAGUACGAGGUCCCCGCCUGUGUCCGCGCCACCUUCCAGAAAAGCCACCAGCGCGGCGAAGAGACCGCCUACGCCUGCGAGCAAAGUCCCUUCGACGCCUGUGAAGCGCAUCCCUUCGCCCCUUGCAAAGGAUAUCCUGUCCAAGGCUGGCUCACCUUCACGCCCCGUCCUGGCCGACCAUCGUCGCCAGUCGUCGCCCGCGCUGACAGGCAAGAAGAAGGUCCGUCAAGCCGUCCUAGACCCAACGGACGUCUCGAACCUGGGCAUCGACGAGCUCGUCACAGCCAUCGAGUCUCAGCCAGGUGCACUAGGCACGCUCUACUUCAACAGCCCGCAAGCGGAAGAGAAGCACGUCCGCCUCGAGGUCAAUCUGCAACGUGAGCUCAAGAAUGCCAUCCAGUCCAAGAAGCUCGUACCCCUGGGCAUGCUGCAGAUACCGCCCGGCGAGGAGCGUCAGGUGGUCGCCGUGUACUGCCCGAAUGGGAGCACGCGUCCUCACAUCCAGGGGACGGCCAGGAAGCAAGACUCGCGAGUCUUCCUCCGCCUGGUAGAGUACGACGUGCGCGCCGUGCAGGAGUCGCCCCAGUUCGGCCAGAUGGCAGACCUGGAUAAGGACGAGUUGCCAAUUCGCGAUCUGAUGGUCAGGACGACGACGUGCCGCGCCAUGCUCGAGUUGGGCCAACCCCACAUCAACUUCGGGCAGAUGGAGAAAGCCGAAUCAAAGACGCGCAAGAUCCUCGUGCACAAUCGCUCCGAGUGGGCGGCCUCGUACUGCAUUCGCAAGAGUGGCAGCAUUGCGAGCGGCGACAUCAAGCUGAGCUCGGCGCGAUUUGGGGUGGUGCCGGCGCAUGGCAAGAGGGAGGUCGAGUUCAGCUUCUGCCCCACAUUGACAGGGCCUUUCAACGAGAAGCUCGUGAUUGAGAAUGUGGCCGAUCGCGAUCGCGAUCUGACCGUCUUCCUCAAGGCGACGGUACACAAGAAGCCGAACUUUACCGUCGAGCCGGCCUCACUUGACUUUGGUGCCAGUCGAGCGGGUAAGCUCACCGAGCCCCUCGUCAUCACGGUCAGCAAUACGACGAGCAAGGCGCGCACCUUUGUCGUGGCCGUGGACACGAAUGAGCUGCGCCACCAGCGCACGAUCAGCGACCUAGUCUUUUCGAUGAGCGAGGGUGGUGCAGGAGGGGAAGGCAAAGCCGUGCUCAGCCAGGCAGAGCAGACUUCGAUUGCUGAGGAGAUUGAGCACAUCUCGCAGAAGUUGAAGAUUGCGACGAGGAAGGGUCAGGAGGACAAGAUCAAGAAGUACGAGGGUCGAUUGAGCGAGUUGGCCGUCAAAACGGGCGCUAGCGCGGGCGCGAGCGCGAGUGCAAGCAGCAGCGUCGGCGACGGCGCAGCGACGAAGGAUGUCGCAGCUGUGGCGGAGCCGCUUUCCUCGUCACCCGUCGCUGAAGCCGCCCUCGAGAAUGGCUCUCUCGCCGCUCCUCCUCUGACGGCAGAAGGCACAGCGACUUCGACGUCUGCCACGACCACAUCCCGCCUCAAGCGUGUCUCCUCGACGGUCACUCUGGGCCUGGAACCUCAGCAGAGCAAACAGAUCUCGUUGCGUCUGCGCACCAACGUCAUCCACACCGUGCUCGCCGAGACGGCGGCUGUGGCAGGGUCAGCGCCAGCUCGAGGCGAGGAGGAAGAAGACGUAGAGAUGAACGUACGCAUCCACGAGGUCAAAAAUCAGGACGAGACGAGGGUUGUGCGAGUGAAGGCACAAGUUGCGUGGGAUGGGCGAUCGGCGGCUGCGGCAAUUCAAAACGUCGCGCGGGAGGAAGAUCAGCAUGUAGAUGGGAUAGACGACAAGGAGCGCGCGGGGCUGGUGGCGGCUAAAGGCGACGAAGAUGCCGAGAUAGACCCACUGCCCGCAAACGACGGCUCCUCCGUCGUCUUUACACCGGAGACGUCGGGUUAA